AUCCUAGAAUGCAAUGAUCUUAUUAUAUACAGUAUUAUGAGAUUUGUGUUAUUAGUGUGAGUAGUUUACAAAGUGACCUUAUAAUGAUAAUAUCAUUAUUUCAUAUAUAUAUGCUGUGUCAGCAAAUUCAAUUAGAUUUUUGUUUCUGUCCUAAAAGUUCUCCUUUUGAUCAAGUGAAAGUGAAAAAUGCCAGGUAUGUUUUUCAUCCUUGAACACUCUCAAUGUCCUCCAUAUUCUCUGCCAUUUCAGUGUAAUACAAUUAUAGAUAUUCAUCAAGUUUGUAGUUCACUUCCAGCACACUUAAGUCAGUUUCACUGGUUGGAAGUUACAGUAUGUGUGAACCCGCAAGUAAGUAUUCUCAAAUGUUCUGUUGACAUUUGUUUGGUUUUAAGCAAUAAUGUGGUUCAUAUAUGGAAAAGUGUUUCUUUUGUAGUCCUAGGAGCCAUAGGACGAUUCCUUUUCGGUUCAGAGAAGCGUUCAGAGGAGCGUUCAGAGGAGCGCCCACCUCCUCCUUAUACAUCAACGUAUGCACCUAACUUGUCAGCUUUCUGUGAACAAUGGAGGAACAUACCAUGGGGGUGAGUGACCUAUGCAGUGGCUCUGGUAUUCAGUUAUUCAGUGUUUUCCUUUUUAAUCAAAGUUGAAAAAUAAAUAAACCUUUUAAGAUGUUAGAGUGCUCUAGUAAAGGUUUGGUUAAGUUUAGACACAAAAACAACUUGGUUUGGUUAAAGGACAGAUCCUGGUUCAGGUUACAAUAAAUAUUUCAUUAAGGUUAGUCAUCAUAGUUACAAUAAUAAACAAGGUUGUGGAAUAGUCAUGAAAGACACACUGUUGCCAGAUAGUUUAAAUGGGAAUCAAACAGUAGUCUUUCAUAUUUUAUAAUUCAGUGUAAUGAGGGGCAAUGGCCUAAGAUAGAGGGAGAUGAUUUAAACAGCUCUUGUUACAUACAGGUGCACUUCAACUCUUUGAGUGAUUAUGCAGACAGUCUGAAGUUAAUAACAUUUGUGGUAUUUCUGUUUCAGCCUUUCUGUUGCCUGUGCUAAUAAUAUGGGGUACAUUUUUAUGGGAGGACAAUUUUAAAGCUGCACAAACAAUUUCAAAACUGCCUUUUGUUAUUCUGUAUUUGUUGGUUUCUCAGUAACAUUUUGGUUUGACAUGUGGCACUCACACUCACAUGUUACGUUAACCUUUUCUGACAGUGAAAAAGAGAGAGACAUGCUGGUUGUGAAGAAUUAUCGAUCCAGUAAAUGUGAGCUCAAACAGCUCAGAAUUCUGCUUCAUGGACUGGCUGGUGCUGGCAAGUCCAGUUUCGUCAACUCUGUCGACAGUGUUUUACAAGGCAGGAUGGCUGGUCGAGCUUUGGUAGACAGUAUAUCUCAGGAGAGCUUCACCAUAAAAGUAUGUCAAAUAAUUUAUGACAAACUGCCUUAUCAUCAUUCAAUAGGUGGCACUAUUGUCAUCAAACCAAUUCUGGUUUACAGUACAGAACUUACAAAAUCCAAAAAGGAGGCCCAGGGAGAUUUUACCCCUUCGUCUUUACUGACAUCAUGGGCCUUGAGAGCGGCUCAAACAGAGGGGUUGACGUGCAGGACAUCAGACUGGCCAUGAAGGGACACAUAAAAGAUGGUUACAAAUUCAACCCUGCUUCUCCAAUAUCCAAGGAUGAUAGAUACUACAAGAAAUUCCCAAGUCUAAAUGACAAAGUUCAUGUGCUGGUUUGUGUGAUUUCUGCUGGCACAUUAAGUUUAAUGGAUGAACAAUCUGUGACAAAGAUGAGGGAGGUCAGACUUGCAGCCAGAGACAUGGGGCUUCCCCAACUGGCCAUUCUCACCAAAAUUGAUGAAGCUGGUCCUGAGGUCAAGAGAGAUAUAAAAAACGUUUACAAGAGCAAGCACCUGAAGGAACUGAUGGGGAAAUUAAGUGCGUCGCUGGGUAUUCCACUGAACUGCAUCUUUCCUGUGAAGAACUACCACUCAGAAAUCUACAUUGAUGACAACAUUGAUAGUCUGAUUCUGUGCGCACUGAGACAGAUGAUUGACUUUGGUGAGGACUUUGUCAACAACCUGUAGACCUACAUACUGCUGAGGCAAAUCCUGUUUACAGCGUGAAAAAAAAAUUGUUUCAUGUCAUAAUUUGAAAUGAGCUUUGGGUGUCAAUAGAUACAGAUGUGCAUUAGCCUGACGUAAUUAAAACCUAGAUAUGACUUGUAUCACUCUCA